UCAAACACAAACAUGCAUUGUUUCGGUAUUAUUUGUAGUUGUUUUGUCGCUAUGUGAGUCUGGGUUCUCCAUAACUUUGUUGUGUCAAAAAAAGAAACAAAAGUCGAAUAUGUGUGCGUCAGUACUCUUGAAAGUGGAGAAAUACUUAUUUUCACCAGUGUAACUUGAAAGCAGCAUUAGUCGAAGUUUUACGCAGACUGUGCGUCUGACGUCACUCCCCUUAGUAACCCUCGGCGGCGUCUCCAGGAGAGAAGGCAACAAGAUGGGAUUACUGUCCAUCCUUCGUAAGCUAAAAAGCACACCAGACCAGGAGGUUAGAAUACUGCUGCUGGGUCUGGACAACGGCGGGAAAACCACUUUGCUCAAACAGCUGGCUUCUGAGGACAUUAGCCACAUCACCCCCACACAAGGUUUCAACAUUAAAAGCGUCCAGUCUCAGGGGUUUAAACUGAACGUUUGGGACAUUGGAGGUCAGAGGAAGAUCAGGCCUUACUGGAGAAACUACUUUGAAAACACAGAUGUGUUGAUUUACGUCAUUGACAGUGCUGACAGAAAGAGGUUUGAGGAAACGGGUCAGGAGCUGGCCGAGCUGCUGGACGAGGAGAAGCUGAGCGGCGUUCCCGUGCUGAUCUUCGCAAACAAGCAGGACCUCCUGACAGCAGCUCCCGCCUCGGAGAUCGCGGAGGGGCUCAACCUGCACACCAUCCGGGAUCGCAUGUGGCAGAUCCAGUCCUGCUCCGCCCUGACCGGCGAGGGCAUCCAGGAGGGGAUGAACUGGGUCUGCAAGAGCGUCAACUCCAAGAAAAAAUAGCUUCGCUUCUAGUCUUCUACUCAGGUGGAGCAGCUUACACAGCCACACACACUGACUACACAUCGCACCUCCUGAGCCUUAGUAUGAUGGGAUUUACCUGUGAAUGUACACACAUUGCUAAUCCAACGCAGACUUUUUUAACCCUCCUUCGCAUCGCCGAUGUUCACUAAUCCCAGCUCAUCUUCCUGUGUCGGCCUCUACAAAAAAGAGGUGCUUUUGCCUUCGAAGGGAACCCAAAAAAGAAAGCUCCCCUGCUCCUCCACGCCACCAUGGCCGCCCCCACCAGCCGCCGUCCCCGCCCACAGCCUCGAGCAUUCCCAAUAAAACGCUGUUUUGUCACGAUGAUUCCAAACAUUUCCGCCAAGCUUUUCCCCCACGCUGCCCAGAAAACCAAGCCUCCCUCUUCCCCCCCCCUCCCCUCCCUUCCAGUCUCCAUCUCAUGACCCCCCUUUUGUUUUCGAUUUUCUUGUGAACCCAUUCCACUAUGGCUGUGAGCGCUUUCACUGCUAUGGCUCUGUUUGAAGUGAGGUAUAUUUUUGUAACUGUUUUAUUUAUGGUGAGGUAGAGUGCUUUCAAACAACUGCUCGUGUGUGUGUGUGCGCAUGAGAAUCGGUCCAACUCGCCCCAAUAAAGAAAAAUACUGCUAUGUGUUUGAUAUGUACAAAAAGGAAGUAAAAAGAUGAUAUCAAAAGGUUAAGAGACACUACGUUUUUGAUCAACUGUAAAUAGUACGGCCCUGUGAUCAUAUGUUACAUUAUGCACAUGUUACAGAAUAUUGUCACUGCUGUACUUUGUAGUCCAUGUUUGCAUAUCUAAUGUGUGCUGGCAGAUUUUUAACAGAGGUACUGUAUGUUCCAGUGCAUUUGUAUGUGCUUAUUGGGUUAGAAAGGGAAUUCAAAGUUUUUCCUUUUGAUAUUCUUGAAUGUAAUCUGUCCAGAGAGAAAAUCUAUGUGAAUAAAAAAUGUUAAAAGUUUAAAGAGUUUGAAGAAAA